UUGCAGCACAGACAAGGAAGGAGGAGGCAGAGGGAGGCGCAGGGGAUCCCGCACACGCGCACACACACACACACACACACACACACACACACACUCGCACGCACGCACGCACGCACACGCACCAGGACCAGAGUCCUCCGGACACGCCCUGCCGAGGAAACACUACCAUUCUCUCUGCUGAAGGCUCGCCCACGCUGGUUCGCGAGGAAGCCGUCCUCCACCGUCACCUUCAACAGAAACGCUCCUCUUCUUCACCCGAGCGAGAAAACACACCGCCGUCCCAGGGGCUGACACUUCCCUUCAGAAGACAGAUUUUUUUUUUUCUUUUUUUCUUUUUUUAAUUUUAAAUUUGGUUGGUUGGCUUUUUUUUUUUUUUUUUUUUUUAAAUAACAAAAGAGAAAAAAAAAUUGAAUUAAAUUAAACUAAAUAAUCACAGAAGGAAACAAGAUCCGGCCAAUCGAAGGACCGAAAUCUCCACCAUACUGGUGCAUUAAGAAUGGUUACACAGAUAAUCAGCACCAUGGAGACUCAGGUGUCUAACGGUCCCGCCGCCAACUGUCUCUCCAACGGGCCCGUUUCCACGGACGACAGCAAAACCAACCUGAUCGUCAACUACCUGCCCCAGAGCAUGACCCAGGAGGAGUUCAAGAGCCUGUUCGGCAGCAUCGGGGACAUCGAGUCCUGCAAACUGGUCAGAGACAAGAUCACAGGUCAGAGCCUGGGCUACGGCUUCGUGAACUACGUGGAUCCCAACGACGCGGACAAGGCCAUCAACACCCUGAACGGGCUGAAGCUGCAAACCAAAACCAUCAAGGUGUCCUACGCCCGGCCGAGCUCUGCCUCCAUCCGCGACGCUAACCUCUACGUCAGCGGCCUGCCCAAGGCCAUGAGCCAGAAGGACAUGGAGCAGCUCUUCUCCCAGUACGGGCGCAUCAUCACCUCUCGAAUCCUGGUGGACCAGGUCACAGCAGGCAUAUCGCGAGGCGUGGGCUUCAUCCGGUUCGACAAGCGCAACGAGGCGGAGGAGGCCAUCAAGGGGCUGAACGGGCAGAAGCCGCUGGGCGCGGCCGAGCCCAUCACCGUCAAGUUCGCCAACAACCCCAGCCAGAAGACGGGCCAGGCGCUGCUCACGCAGCUGUACCAGACCGCCGCUCGCCGCUACACGGGACCCCUGCCCCACCAGACACAGCGCUUCAGACUCGACAAUUUACUAAACGCCAGCUAUGGAGUGAAGAGCUCUGCCUCUCUGCUCCCCAGGUUCUCCCCCAUCACCAUCGACAGCAUGAGCAGCCUGGCGGGGGUGAGCCUGACGGGGCCCACGGGGGCCGGCUGGUGCAUCUUUGUCUACAACCUGUCCCCCGAGGCCGACGAGAGCGUCCUGUGGCAGCUGUUCGGCCCCUUCGGCGCCGUCACCAACGUCAAGGUGAUCCGCGACUUCGCCACCAACAAGUGCAAGGGCUUCGGCUUCGUCACCAUGACCAACUACGACGAGGCGGCCAUGGCCAUCGCCAGCCUCAACGGCUAUCGCCUCGGCGACCGCGUGCUGCAGGUGUCCUUCAAGACCAGCAAGCAGCACAAGGCCUGAGGCGCGCGGCACAAGGCCUGAGGCGCGCGGCACAGAGAGGGAUUCAUCGCCACAGCCCCUUAAACCUGCAGGGCAGCUACCAGGCUUCCUGUGUAUCCACCCUACGAGACUGACACACACACACACACACGCACAGGCACACACACACUCACACACACACACACACACAUUUACACA